AAAUCGAGAACGAAGGUGUUGAAGAUCCGAGUCGAGGAGACGUAACUAACUCUCUUUACUCUACCGGGCGAAGGAGGUCUGAUCUUUGAACGCCUGGAGUUCCGCUGUCGGAGUUUCGUUCCUGUGCGAAGUAGUAGGUAGAUCACAGGCGCUACUAUAUAAGCUGUGCUCUUGGGAAUUCGGUAGUGUUGUCUGGAGGCUACAACCGUGGCUGGUGUUUCAAAUAGAUUCACUCUCGGGAUUUCAAGUGAAUUCAAUCAGAGGUCGAGAUAUUCGGUGGUAUAUUAAUGAGGAACCGACUCGUUUUCCCGAUACCGCGCAAUAAUGUUCCACGCCGAUAAAUACCGACCCUUGAAAAUCGAGCUCGUCACCCUCCCGUUUGUGGUACUGACAGUUCUGGCGAACUCUCAUCCUCUCGAGGCGGAAUACCGGGACCAGAUAAUCAAUCCGAAGGGCUUGGCCAGUCUGGAAUGGGGAACGAGACUUCAGGGAUUGGAGAACCUCCAGCGACUUCCGGAAGACCUGGAAAUUCCACAAUUGAGAGGAAAGCGAUUAACGCCCGCAGCCGACGAACAAAAAUUUAGCAAGAGCUACCAAGCAUGUGCAGCACCCGGUGACAAAAACGGGCACUGCCGACACCUGAGAGCCUGCGUUUUGGAAGAAUUCAGAACGGACAUCGUGAGAUUCAUGGAUUACUUUUGCGUAAUCGAACAAACAUACGUUGGCGUUUGCUGUCCCGACCGCGCUGAAAUUUUAAGGACUAAUUUCUCGAAUCGCGAAGAUACCGUCGCCGGACCCCUACCGGCUAUCGCAACUGACGAAUCGGAAAAAGAGUCCAAAAAUUCGACUUCGGAAGCGACCAGAUCGGCCGGAGAACCGCGGGGUCCUCGGGGUUGCGGUGUGAGUACCAAAUCGAGAAUGCGAAUAGUCGGCGGUCGGCCGGCUGAUCCUCAGGAAUGGCCCUGGAUAGCGGCGCUUCUUCGAGAACAUUCGACUCACUACUGCGGGGGUGUUCUGGUGACGGAUCGUCACGUUCUAACCGCAGCGCACUGCGUCUAUCAAUUCUCCCGCACCGCCCCACCGCGCAGGUACAAAACCAGAGAGAUCAAGGUCAGACUCGGCGAAUACGAUUUCCGGCAGUCGGACGAAACGAGAGCGCUCGAUUUCCGGGUCUCUGAAAUCCGCCAACACCUUGGCUUCGACCCUGCUACCUACGAGCACGACAUCGCGGUGAUCAAAAUCCACCGACCGACUCCCUUCAACAAUUACGUAUGGCCGAUCUGCCUCCCUCCGGUGGGAUUGACCUUCGAAAAUAAAAGCGCCAUCGUUACCGGUUGGGGUACUCAAUAUUUUGGCGGACCGGCUAGCGCCGUGCUGAUGGAAGUCGCGGUGCCGAUUUGGCCGCAAAAAAAAUGCGUCCGCAGCUUCAAUCAGAGGAUACCCGAAACCUCGAUGUGCGCUGCCGCCUACGACGGCGGUCGUGAUUCCUGUCAGGGUGACUCCGGCGGCCCUUUGCUCCAUCAGUUGGGAAACGGGAGGUGGGUAAACGUCGGUAUCGUGUCCUGGGGCAUCCGAUGCGGAGAACCUGGUCACCCCGGUAUUUAUACGCGUGUCAACAGCUACCUGGACUGGAUAUUUGCAAACGCUAUAUUUUAACAACGAUUUACAAAGAGGGAAUAAUUUUCCCUCCUUUCGAGUUACACCAUACGUACGUUGAUGUAUACUAUACAUAUGCCAAAGUUUUCGGAGUAUAAAGUUUUUUUCCAGCAGGAUGCAUGACGGGUCGCUAACAUGAAUCGAAUUUAUGUUUCACCGCCGUUUCUUUUUUUUAUCUGGUAAACUGCGCAUGAGGUACGAGCGAUAUCUGCAAAGGCGUCUGAAAA